AAUCAUUACGGCUAGUUUCAUGAUGUAUCUAUCUUAAUACAAUAGAUGAAAAUACCACCGUCCUAAGAAUAAGAUUAACUAAAUUCUCAUCCAAACGGGCCCAAAACACAUCCUACUCAAGUCUAUCAGCCAAGCUUCAGGGUAAGCAAUAUUCAGGAUCCCGAGAUCUUGCAUACACAAUACUGCCACAAUACAAAGAGGGUGGAACUUGUGUCAAAGUCGUCACCGAAUAUAUCAUUUCUAUCUACACCCUCCCCCCACAUGAUGCAAGAACAAAGAGAGGAGGAAAACAAGAUCGGACCCUCAAGGUGCACGCCACCUCCCCAUUUGUCAGAAAACGGCGCCGAAAAUAUGCACGGUCCCAAGGCCCCCCCCUCGUUCACCACAAAGUGCCGUUGUUAUUCGGAGACUUUGCACGGAAACCUCUUCCCGUUUGUGUUAUCCGGAGACUUUGCACGGAAACCUCUUCUCGUUUGUGUGUGUGUCUUUAUGAUUUCUGCUUUGUUGCUAGAGACAUUCCUCCCCAAUGGGCGGUCUAAAAGCUCCUGAGGGGGUAGCAUUCCGGCGUUUACGUCGGCCGACCCCUGGGACUCGACGGACCGUAAAACGGUCAGCAAAGGCAAGGGAAAAAAAAUCAAUUGCUGCUCGCUGCCUGAAUAAGACGCUAGCCAUGCCGGAUUAUUUGCUUUCUUUAUUUUUGGAAAAUGUCACUAUUACCUCAAGAAGGGCCAGAUCGGCGUGUAUAGAAGGCGAAAUUCCGUACAGACAGCGCCGCGGAUGGUGUCGGUUCGGAUGGUAUCGGAAUACUUACAUCAAAUGAUGUGAAAACGGCCCAAGGCAGUCGUCAAAUCUUGCCUCCACAGUCAAAUGGCGCCAGCUAUGCAUUGAGUGAAUUGUCGCAAUAGCAAACAAUCAAAUUGUGCUAAUAGCCGUGGGGAAUGUUGAGAGCAAUCGAGACCCCCUCCGUCUAUCAUGAGUUCUGGGGGCUCUCAUGAUGAAACCA